AUGACGGUUAAGGCAACUGGCAGUUAUGUGUACUGUGUAUAUGAAUCAGGAAGGAGGUACAUUGUUGAUAUUGAUCAUGGCACAUGUAACUAUUGCCGGUAUCAAAUUGAUGAAACACCAUGUGAACAUGCAAUUUCCAUUUUGAAGAGUAAAAAUGUUGAUGUAAAAGAUUGGAAUGUUUCAGAAUUUGUUGAUGCCGAAGAAAUUUUGCCACCCAAAUACAAAAGACCUCCGAGUAGGCCAAAGAAAGGAAGACAUUUGAAAUCUAGUGAAUCACUUACUGCAAGUUCAAACCAUUGCAGUAAAUUCGGGCAUGCAGGCCACAACCGUAGGACGUUCAAUUACUUUCCAAAAGAAGGUUGA